AUGAAGUAUAUUUUAGUCUCUGGUGGAGUUAUUAGUGGUGUAGGGAAAGGGAUUAUUACCAGCAGUAUUGGUUUAUUGCUGAAAUAUUGUGGACUAGAAGUCACUGCGAUCAAGAUUGAUCCAUAUCUGAAUAUCGAUGCUGGCACCUUUUCCCCUUAUGAGCACGGUGAAGUUUUUGUCUUAAAUGAUGGUGGCGAAGUCGAUCUGGAUUUAGGCAAUUAUGAACGUUUUCUCGAUGUUCAAUUACAUCGUGAUAAUAACAUUACAACAGGUAAAAUUUAUAAGCAAGUCAUUGAACGUGAACGGCGUGGCGAUUACCUUGGUAAAACUGUCCAAGUUGUGCCUCAUAUUACUGAUGCAAUUCAACAAUGGAUUGAACGAAUUGCUCUUAAUCCAGUCUCCGAAGCACAGAAAACACCAGAUAUUUGCAUUAUUGAGUUGGGUGGUACCAUUGGCGAUAUCGAAGGAAUGCCAUUCGUGGAAUCUUUUAGGCAGUUUCAAUUUAAAGUCGGAUUGCAGAAUUUUUGUAAUAUACAUGUUACUCUAGUGCCUCAGCCUAAUUCAACUGGUGAACAAAAGACAAAACCUACACAAAAUAGUAUACGGCAACUUCGUGGCCUAGGUUUAUCUCCAGACAUAGUUAUGUGUCGAAGCCAACAGCCUCUCGCUGAAUCAGUUAAGAAUAAAAUAUCGAAUUUCUGUCAUGUUCCACCUGAACAGGUCAUAUGCGUUCAUGAUUGUUCAUCUAUUUAUCACGUCCCUGCGCUGAUUGCUGAUCAGAACCUAGUGGGUUAUUUAUGUAAUCGAUUGCAACUACCAAUCUCUGUAAAUAUGGAUGACGUAUUGCUAGAUUGGAGAAACUUAGCUCUAAGUUAUGACAGAUUUGAUGAUCAAGUCACUAUAGCCCUAGUUGGAAAGUAUACUAUGUUGAAGGAUUCAUAUAUUUCAGUAUUUAAAGCCUUGAAACAUGCUGCUUUUGCUUGCGGCAGGCAAGCCAAUAUAUUUUGUGUUGAAGCUGACCAUUUAGAACCCGAAAUGAAGAUAGAAGAUCCUGUGAAAUAUCACAAAGCGUGGGAACAGCUAUGCCAGUGCAGUGGAGUAUUAGUGCCUGGUGGGUUUGGUAAAAGAGGAAUAGAAGGUAAGAUCCUAGCAGCAGAAUGGGCUAGAGUCAACCGCAAACCUUAUCUUGGCGUAUGUUUGGGAUUGCAAGUAGCUGUUAUCGAAUUUUCAAGAAAUGUUAUUGGCUGGAAAGAUGCACAUUCAACCGAAUUUGAACCCGCUACUACAAAUCCUGUUAUUAUUGACAUGCCAGAACAUAACCCGGGUGACCUAGGAGGAACAAUGAGGCUGGGAUCGAGAACAACUAUCUUCAAGACAGAUUGCGAAACUAGCAUAUUGAGAAAAUUGUAUGAUGAUAAGGAAAAAGUGUCCGAAAGGCAUCGUCAUAGAUACGAGGUCAAUCCUACUGUCGUUUCUCAGCUUGAAGAGAAAGGCAUGAUAUUUGUUGGACACGAUGAAGAAAAGCAAAGAAUGGAAAUUAUGGAAUUACGAGAUCACCCUUAUUUCGUUGGGGCUCAAUUUCAUCCAGAAUACCUUACUAGACCGUUGAAGCCAUCACCACCAUAUUUUGGACUUGUUUUAGCUGCUUGCGGAAGUACACCAAACAAAAUCUUAUCAAGUCAUGCUCGUGUAUGGAAGAAUCGAGGAUGGAGAAUGAGUCAGACCGCGGCGUAG